GAGAGAGCGGAGAUCACCGCGGAGCGAGGGAAAGCGCUCUUGGAUUUCUUCGUCCCCAAUCCAAAGCUCAUCCAGAAAAGCAACAAUUCUUGGACCCCCUCCCUCGCUCUUCGAUCCUCCUCUCUUUCCAUCCGCUUGCUCAGAUUCGUACCGUCGCCGUUCAGUUUUUGUCCACCUAACCCUUCCGGGGAUUGAACGUCCAAAGAUUCCAUUUUCAAGAGGAGGGCUGCUGUUGAGAAUGUUUGAUUAGUUUUACAAUGAUCGAAUUGGCUAUAUCACUUGCGAGGUUGCUUUCCAGCUCCAGUAGUUAUGGCCCAUUUAUUUUAGGGUGGACGGUCACUUUUGCAUUUGGGAUUGUAGCUUUUGUGUAUGCAUUCCUCAAAUGGCAGAAGACUACGUCGUUGCACUGGGUGCGAGCUGCUGCCAAGGCAAAGAAAAAAGUCUGGAAGAAGCUAAAAGUUCCUCUGUCAUUUCAUAUGUGGGUAGAAGACUUUUCCUAUGAUGAACAGUCAUCCACAUGCUGUGUCUGUUUGGAUUCACUAGUACCUCAUACAUUGGGCACAAAAGUGGCAUCUUGUAGUCCUCUCCACAGGUGCUGUGUCUGUGGUGUUGCUGCUCAUUCUGGUUGUUCUCAGCUUGCUACGAAGGGCUGCAAGUGUGUAGCUCAAGCUGGUUUCAGCCAUGUGCAGCAUCACUGGUCAGAAAGAUGGGUUAACAUGGACGAAGCUCUUGAAACCUCUGCCUUCUGUUUUUACUGUGAUGAACCGUGUGGAGUUCCUUUCCUGGAUACUUCUCCUAUAUGGCAUUGCUUAUGGUGUCAACGGCUUAUACAUGUCAAAUGUCAUGCCAAAAUGUCGAAUGAAUCUGGGGAUGUCUGUGAUCUCGGUCCUCUUAGAAGGAUUAUCCUCUCCCCAUUGUGUGUGAAAGAGGUCGAUGAGGAUGUUUCUGGGGGUGGAACACAUGUAAGAAGAAGGCGCCACAGAGGUAAAAAUGGGAGCGCUCGUUCUCUUAAUGGUAAAUUGCUUAAUGCUGCUGAAAGUAAUUCAGCCUUGGAGUAUAUGUUCAAUGGGUUUGUUGGCUUGAAGAAGUUGAGUGGGGAGAAGAAUGUCGAUCCUUUCAUUAAAAGGGAUGGCCGGCUACUUGGUAUGCGGGGGACAUAUAGCAGGUUGUCGCAGAAAAAAGGUGAAACCAACUAUGGACAACUGAAGAAGUUUUCCCUUGUUGAUCUGCCAAUGGAUGCACGACCUCUAUUAGUCUUCAUUAAUGUAAAGAGUGGAGCACAAUAUGGGCCUUAUCUUCGUAGGAGAUUAAACAUGCUUUUGAAUCCUGUGCAGGUUUUUGAGCUGAGUGCUUCCCAGGGGCCUGAGGUUGGUUUGGAGUUAUGUAGUAAUUUGCCGAAUUUUAGGGUUUUGGUCUGUGGAGGAGAUGGAACAGUUGCGUGGAUAAUUGAUGCAAUUGAGAGACGGAAUUUCGAAUCCCCUUCUCCAGUGGCCAUUCUUCCUCUUGGCACAGGAAAUGAUCUGUCAAGAGUUAUGGGGUGGGGAAGAGGUUUCUCGCUUAGCGGUGGUCAAGGUGGCUUGAACACGCUUUUACAUGACAUUAAUAGUGCAGCAAUUACGAUGUUGGAUCGGUGGCAAGUGAACAUUAGUCAAGAAAAACCUGAUGGCAAUUCUCAUAAGGCCCAUUCCAAGUUUAUGUUGAAUUACUUAGGCAUUGGAUGUGAUGCAAAGGUUGCAUAUGAGUUUCACGUGAUGCGAGAAGAAAAUCCAGAGAAGUUUUAUAAUCGGUUUGUCAACAAAUUGCGUUAUGCAAAAGAAGGUGCUAAAGAUAUCAUGGACAGAACCUGUGCUGAUUUGCCAUGGCAGGUUUGGCUUGAAGUUGACGGUAAAGAUAUUCAGAUACCUAAGGAUUCUGAGGGAUUAAUUGUGCUAAAUAUCGGCAGCUACAUGGGCGGAGUAGAUCUUUGGCAAAAUGAAUAUGAGCAUGAUGACGAUUUUAGUCUUCAGAACAUGCAUGAUAAAAUGCUUGAGGUUGUGUGCAUCAGUGGAGCGUGGCACCUUGGCAAACUUCAGGUUGGCCUAUCGCAGGCAAGGAGACUGGCCCAGGGGAAUGUCAUAAGAAUACAUACUUCCAGUCCUUUCCCCGUUCAAAUAGAUGGAGAGCCAUUUAUCCAGCAACCUGGUUGCUUGGAAAUAACACAUCACGGGCAGGUGUUCAUGUUGAAAAGGGCCUCAGAGGAGCCCAGGGGUCCAGCAGCUGCAAUUGUGACGGAUGUUCUGGCUGAUGCUGAAUGUAAGGGCAUUAUCAAUGCAUCUCAGAGGAAAAUACUUCUUCAGCAGGUGGCAAUGCAUCUGGCUUGACUCCCACCUUUCUGUUCCUGUCAUUUCUCCCUUGUUAACCACAUAGAUGCAGGUAUUUUGACCUUUGCCCCGUUAUUUUCCUCGUGUAAAUCUGGGCAACCGGUCUUCCCAUACAAGUGUCAACUCUUUAUAACUUUGUAGUGUCGUCUAUCCUCAUGAAGAGGAAUUUUGUAAGCCAGAGAGAGAAAGAGAGAUGUAUAGGAGGGAUUGCAGAAUGCAGAUGAGUGUUCCGUACAUAUUUGUUUCAGCUCGACUCUCAAUUCUUUUUCUUUUGACUUCCAA